AUGGCAGUCGACGAUGUACAGGUCGGUGACGUGGUCAACGUCCCCGGUGGCAUGUAUGGGACGAUCAAAUAUUUGGGAUCGGUAGCGGGGAAGCCUGGAAAAUUUGCAGGAGUUGAAUUGAGCGCCGAGCACGCAGCACGAGGCAAGAACAAUGGCGAUGUGGACGGCCGAAAGUACUUCACAACCUCGAUUCCAGGCUCUGGCAUAUUUGUUCCCAUGAAUAACAGCAAGUAUGUCACACGCCGAUCUACGGGAAUUUCUGCCCCGUCUACUCCUGCACGUGGAGCACCGGUCAAUUUCAGCAAAUCCGUCGGCGCAUCUCUCGCUACACCGCGUCCUCGAGUCCGACGCCCCUCUCUUCCCCGACCCGAGUCCCCUCGCGUACCCCCUCCAAAACUGAGCCUUGGUGGUUUGCGUACACCAUCGGCGGCAUCCAGGACUGGUGGACUCAAUGGUGGCAUGCGUAGCCCUGUCAAGGCGCCGUCUCGGCUGUCUGACAGACCCUCGUCGCGACUUAGCAUUGAUGACGACGCUUCGUCUUAUGGACGCCCAUCGGACUCCCGCCGACCGCUUUCAUCAGAAACCCAGGACUUGAAAGACCAGAUCAAGAGUCUAGAGAAACAGCUUCUAGACCGAGAUAAGCAGCUUGAGGAGCAAUCUAGAACUUUGGGCGAGUUCCAAGCUACCUUGGAGGAAUUGGAGGGAUCAGAAGGACACUCGAUCCGUACACAGCUGCGCGAACGCAAUGAGCGAAUCAACCAAUUGACGGCCGAAUUUGACGGCCAUCGUGCAGAUUUCAGAAGCACCCUCGAUACACUGGAAAUUGCAGCUUCUGAGACAGAGCGUGUUUAUGAGCAGCGCCUCGAAGAGCUUAUGCAACAGAACAAGGAACUGCAGGACCGCGGGGAAGAUGUCGAGAUUGUUGCGCAGCAGCUCAAGCAGUUGGAAGAGCUGGUGUCAGAAUUGGAGGAAGGCCUCGAGGACGCCCGACGUGGAGAGGCCGAAGCUCGGGCCGAAGUCGAGUUCCUCCGCGGUGAAGUUGAGCGAACAAAGCUGGAGCUCAAGAAGGAGCGUGACCACUCUGCGGCCGCGCUGAAAGAUGCCCACGCUGCGGCAGACAGCUCCCGGAGUAGUAGUGACUUGGACCAGAAGGACGAUGAGAUCCGAGGACUCAAGGCUAUCAUCCACUCUCUGAGCCGCGGAAACCCCGUUGCAGCCGGCUCAGCGAACCAUGAUAACAAUGCGGAGCAAAUUGCUCAGUUAGAAUCGCGAAUUCUAGAGGUCGAAGAGUUGACCAUCCACAAGGAUGAGCGGAUCGAGGAACUCGAGCGUGAGCUUCAAGAAAUGCAGUUGCAGUCUCGCAGUGGUCGCAACCGCAGUUCUACCGUCACUCUUUCACCCAAACAACACAAGCCAUCGCACUCUGCCGGCAACAUCUCCCAUGACUCAAACAACAACAAUCCUCACCGUCUCUCUGACCGUACAGUGGUCCCAACCGACUGGCAUGAUGCUCCAUCCGAGCCCCGCCACCACCGUGGUAUUUCCAACUCUUCCCAGCCGCGGCUGGAGACCAUGCAUGAAUCCGAACGCUCUUCCGAUGAGGAUCCCAUGUGGUGUGAAAUCUGCGAAACGGCUGGCCAUGACAUCUUGAACUGCACCAGCAUGUUCGGCUCCGGUAAGAAGUCCACUGAACAGAAGAAGCCUGCAGACCACGCCGACGAUCCCGCCGACGAACUUCCAAUUGAGAAGACGGAGCCUCUCCAACCUAAAGCAACUGGCGAUACUCCCCCCGCACUCAGGACUGGACGAGAAGUCGUCAUGGAGGGACUUAAAGGCAUCGGCGGUCUUGGAUCAUCCAUGGCUCCUAUUGCCGGUAAGUCAUCGGGAGUCAUCGACGAGUCUAAGUGGUGUGCCCUCUGUGAGCGCGACGGCCAUGAAAGCAUUGACUGCCCGUUUGAUGAAUAA